AUGCCGGUCCGCCGUACCCGCUCUUUGCUGAAAGGUCAAGAAGUGGAGAUUUUCAAGCUCGUAUCCAAGGGUGCCACCCCAGAGCAGUGGGCGGAGUGGCUGCGGGUUCCACUGGAGCACGCCGCCGCCAGCGGCAACUUGGACCUCGUUAAUAAGUUGCUGAAGGCUGGGGCUGACGGCGAGGCCGGAUGGAGGGGUUGCGGCGACCGGACUCUGCUCGACGCUGCUCUCUCGGGUGGAAACGCUGGUGUCAUGUCUGCCUUACUUCAAGCAGGGUGUGGGCCGGAUGCCAAUGUGUUGGCCCCGUCCACCGGCAGAUCGGUGCUGUACCAGUCAAUCUUGAGCAAUCAGAAAGCUGUGGCGAGAGAGCUCAUCCUAGCCGGAGCCGAUGUCAACAUCAAGGACCGCGCCGAAAAAGCCGGCCCCCUCCUCGCCGCUGUUAGAGCAGGAUGUGACGAUCUUGUGCGUGAACUACUGAUGGCCGGAGCAAACCCGAACGCUCGUCUAGGUUACGAUCGCGGAACAACUCUGCACGCUGCGGCUGGGAUGAACAAAGCGAAAAUUGUUUCGGUGCUGUUGAGCUCUCCCAUGACCGAUAAGGACGCCCUCGUCGACGGGUACACCCCGCUGAUGGUGGCGGCCGAGCAGGGUCAUGUGGCCACGGUGAAGGUUCUCUUGGCCGCAGGUGCUGAUGUCGACGUGCGGGAGGUGGACUACUCCUGCUCAGCGCUCUCCUUGGCCGCUCAGUACGGACGUAUUGGCGUGGUGAAGGCCUUGCUGGAGCAUGGUGUAGAUGCCAAUGAGGGGGUUAUCGACGAUCAGAGCCCUCUUCACUGGGCCGCCGGCCACAACAGACCCGACUGUGUUGCGGUCCUGCUAGAUGCCGGAGCCAACAUUAACGGUCGGUGUAACUUCCUUGACAACCAUACACCUCUCCAUUCCGCCUCCAAAACUGCGAGUAACGAAGCCCUGCUCGCCCUCUUGAGUCGGGGAGCCCGCGUCGACGAGAAGACGGACGAUGGAUCGACGGCUCUACAUCUCGCAGGCCACGCGAGGGGCUAUAAAGUCGACGACACCGUGGAUACUCUUUUGAGAUGGGGCGCCUCAGAACAAGCCGUCGAUGAGAAUGAUGAAACACCCGUUGAUCGGUUGACAGAAGUGGCGCGUGAAGUGGUGUGGGAGUGGCCGGAGCUAGACCGCGCACUCGAGCUGUUGGCCCGUGCUCCAGCGGACAGGGCGUGGCGGCGCCGGGGUUGGCUGGUGAUGCUUCAUGAACGAACCAAGAAGGAACGGCACGUCCGCGGCGAUCGCCCACGCAAGGGAGAGAAAGUAGGCAGUGGCGAAGAGGUUCUUCUCGGUGAUGGGGAGCGUGGCCGCGGUAAGAACGCGCGACGUCGCGGCGGGGCGGCCGUCAAGGCGGACUUGCGCGGUGUGGUGAACGUGCUGGUAGGGCUGGAGUCGGAAGGAGUGUUCCGCACGAUCGUGGGCUACGUCUGAGAUGAGAACUUCACGGAAGGACAGGCGCACGAUGACCACCCUGGUGGGACUGCCGAGGACGUGCAACGCCGACCAGACAAAGUCUGUAAUCCUGCCUAUCUGAGGAGGCUCAUCGAUAAUGUCAUCGUGUCAAGUCCGUCUGGGUCGCGCAUGUGCAUGUUAUGCAUGCCUUGAUGUGAUCGACACGAUCCCGUCAUCGUCAUCAGUAAUAUGUUUGUACAAAGGAAGCAACGGAGUUUGUAGGUUAGGGAGAAAAUCCGAUUGAAGCAAUGGAUAACAUGGACUGCUGCAGUUUUGUGCCAGUCCAUCCAACCUCUUUAAAACCAACCCAGUCCAACAUGUGGUGUCUCCUCAUAUGGCAUGCGCAGAAGGGGUGGUCGUAAGACCAUUUGUAUCAGUGUCGGAUAUCGUUGCUCACGGUGAGCAUACGAUUCCACUAGGUUUCCAUUCGGGUAAAUAGUCGUUCGGCUCGCGCUCCAUGGUUUGGCACAGAAGUGAAGGUGGCGCCCAGAGGUAUACAUGUUUGUCUCAGCCUGUUCAUCGUGUAGUUGUAUGUAGCUGUGUGUUUCGCAAGUUCGUUUGGCUCAAUGUUGUCAUGCCGCCCGAGGAUUUCGCGAUCGUCGCAAACGCGCGGUCCGGGAAGGCUCCUCAACCCGUGCACGCUGCGGAUGAGCGUAGUU